GGUAAUGCUUGAUCUGAAAUUCAUGAAAUAUCAUGUAUCAUAGCUUAUGCGAAUGGGUUCAAUUUAUAUUUCCAAUAAAGAUGGAAUUUUCCGUUUGUAGCCCAACGCGUAUCAGGCUGACAAGCGGAAAGAAAAGUAUUAUUUAAACCCGUAGUCCGUAGGAUUUCGUAAACAUUUCGAUGAAAUAUUAGACGAGAAAACGAACCCAGCUCUUACAGCUGGUAGGCAGCGUCUGGCCGCGUCUACCCAAGUCUACCCGUUUCGCGAGGGGCGUCGGGCGUUUAAACGAGCACGCGCCCGAACACGAAAGAGGGGAGGAUAAGCUAACCGACCAAUAGGAAUAAAGAUAGCAGUUAGCUCCCGGGCGGAGCAUAGGGAUAUACGAGACGUGGCACGAGCGUCCUUCUGUCAAACGGCGUCCGAUCGCCGAGGUAGAGGGUCGUGUCGUUCUCAUUUAAAUAGGUGGACUUUACGAAAAAAGAUCGACAGGUUGCCGAGACAGAUAAUUUGUUCGAUCGUCGGUGGGAUAAGAAAUUUUUGGAAAUAAUGGAGAAAACGGAGCUGCUCGAAUCACGAAGGAGAAGCGCGUCGUGAAAAUUCAUCAAGGACAAAAACGAGUACAUACGAGUAAAUACGAUAAAAGAACAGAGAAGGGGGCAGGCAGAGAGAGAGAGAGAGAGAGAGAGAGAGAGACAGAGAGAGGGAGAGGGAGAGGGAGAGAAAGAGAGAAUCUUGCGAAGGAAAAGGAAAAGCGCAUUUUUAAAAUGCUACACAGUACUUUGCCUCGAGCGUUUCUCGCUCCUGGGCUCAACUAUUUUGGUUAUUACGGGGAAGAAAUUCACCAUCCGUAUGCGGGACCAGGAACGAGCUGGCACAUUCCAACGGAUAACAUAGCGAGUACGUACGGUAGAAUUGCCGAACAGCAUCAGACUGUACUCCGCGGUUGGGAAUCUUCGAGACCGUCCACACCUUGCCCAUUGGAUUUGUCCCUAAAAGCACCGGCUACGCCCAGCACACCAAGGACCAUCGAAGAUGCUAUCGAGGUAGACGACGAGGAAGAUAGGAGGAUUCGCGAAGAGGCCCAAAGACGAGCGGAAAACCAAAGAUAUCGAACGGACAGCGAGAGCGUGGAUCUACUGUUGAUCGAGGACACCGAGGCCGAGCCUCAGCGUAGCUCGUCCGCUCACAGCCAGCGCAGUUACGACAGACAUUUGUCGGUAAAAGAAAGUGGCUUGCACGUUCAGGAAGUAUUCGAAAAGGCUCGCUUUCCAGACGAGACCAAUCGUGGAUUGCCACCUCCUUAUCCGAGCAAUGACGCGAUCCAAAAGUAUCACCAAUUACAAAAUCAAAAGCUAUUACUAAACAGUCCGACUCGACUGCAAUCCAUCCAAUCUUAUCAUCAGCAGCUUCUAUUGACUCCACAACAUCAUCACUUUCAAAGUAUACAUGCACCUAUGACCCCACCGAGCACACCCUCACCACCGCAAUGUCCAAGAAGGAAGACCAGAGAGGACGACGUCUCCUCGCCUUCGAAUUCUAUGGGCAACGUUAACGUUACGCCCCGACAAAACCUAUUAUCCGACAAGCCUACUCCAAGACCAAAGAAGAAGCACGCGAGAAGAUUGAAAUUCGACGAGGAUACGAGCAGUCCUGUUUCCGGAACGGUAAUAUUAGGACCGGACGAGGCAGUGGUUACCGGCGACAUUGAUCCAGCCUUCAAUAUCGUCGAAGUCACCGAAGAGGCACGAGCCGAACUGGCCAAGAUAGAAAAUCGACUGGGACCGUAUCAGUGCAAGCUCUGCCGGCAACUCCACGAGGAUGCCUUUCAAUUGGCCCAACACAGAUGCUCCAGAAUAGCUCAUGUCGAGUACAAGUGUCCAGAGUGCGACAAGAGGUUCUCUUGUCCGGCUAAUCUUGCUUCCCAUCGGCGUUGGCACAAGCCGAGAUUACCGAACGGAGAAUCAGUCGCUGGUACUUCGAAUUCAUCCAUGGCCAGCACCAUGACCACCGAGAUACCUUGCACCAGAUGCGACGCCAAGUUUAAUCGACAGGCUGCUUUGAGAAAGCACAUGGUCAAUCAACAUCCGGAGAACGUUCUUAAUGGCAACGGCAACGGCAACGGCAAUGGCAACGGCAACGGCAACGGCAACGGCAACGGUAACGGCAACGGCAACGGCAACGGCAACGGCAACGGCGACAGCAAUAGCAACAGCAACAGCAACAGCAAUAACAACAGCAACAGCAAGAACAUCAAGCUCGAUGAUGCAGAAGGUACAUCGAAAUUGGACAGUAGCCAGCUCGGUGUACACACUCUUUCGAGCAAUGUGAUGCCCUGACACCAGUUUCCUGCUCGACCCCUACCUCGACGGCCCGGAUUUUAUUGGAGAUACGGCCUUGAUUUGUAAGACUCCUACUACUUCGCACUAUUACUUUGUACUAAUUCGUAGUAGUAGAACCUUCGUUCUACUACUUGAUACUACUUAACACACCUCAAAAAGAUUUCAGCUUUUAGGUUAUCGGAAGAUUUUCGAAUAUGUGAGUACACAAUCAAAAUUCUCCUACUCGAUCUAUCAGUUCAUUAUUAUUUUACGUUUAAUGGGCGGUUUAUAGAUAAGGAUUGAAAUAUAUACUAAGUAGAAAAGGGAAAAGAAGAAAGAAAAGAUUGAAAAAAAGAAAAAAAAAAGAAAAAACGAAAAAAAAGCAAAAAAAAAGA